GAUGGGCGGGCGAUGGCAAGAGCUGCCUGAGCGGAUACAGUCCCUGCCUAACUAGCCCGCAGGGGAAAAAAGGGGGGUGGUGAUGAAGGAGGGUAGGAGAGUAGGAGGGAAGGGGUCCUUCCGUUCUGUACUCGUGUUCUGCGAGGCAGCCCGGGAUCAAAGCCUGCAGACCAGCCCGCAACCGCUUGGUAUGAUAGGGUAGAGAUCAAAGAAAGCGUUUCCUCUACGUA